GGAGCUGCGCGGGCGCGAGAGAGUAGGGGCUCCGGGUGGGCGGCGGCAGCAGCGGCGCCCCGCGCAGGCUGGAGGCCGCCGAGGCUCGCCAUGACGGGAGGACUGUAGCUCCCCCAUGGAGUCGGCCGACUUCUACGAGGUGGAGCCGCGGACCCCGAUGAGCAGCCACCUCCAGAGUCCCCCGCACGCGCCCAGCAGCGCCGCCUUCGGCUUUCCCCGGGGCGCGGGCCCCGCGCAGCCCCCCGCCCCACCUGCCGCCCCGGAGCCCCUGGGCGGCAUCUGCGAACACGAGACGUCCAUCGACAUCAGCGCCUACAUCGACCCGGCCGCCUUCAACGACGAGUUCCUGGCCGACCUGUUCCAGCACAGCCGGCAGCAGGAGAAGGCCAAGGCGGCCGCGGCCCCUGCGGGAGGAGGCGGCGACUUUGACUACCCGGGCGCCCCCGGGGGCCCCGGCGGCGCCGUCAUGCCGGGGGGGGCGCACGGCCCUCCCCCCGGCUACGGCUGCACGGCGGCCGGCUACCUGGACGGCAGGCUGGAGCCCCUGUACGAGCGCGUCGGGGCGCCGGCGCUGCGGCCGCUGGUGAUCAAGCAGGAGCCGCGCGAGGAGGACGAGGCGAAGCAGCUGGCGCUGGCCGGCCUCUUCCCCUACCAGCCGCCGCCGCCGCCGCCGCCCCCGCACCCGCACCCGCCGCCCGCGCACCUGGCCGCCCCGCACCUGCAGUUCCAGAUCGCGCACUGCGGCCAGACCACCAUGCACCUGCAGCCCGGCCACCCCACGCCGCCGCCCACGCCCGUGCCCAGCCCGCACCCCGCGCCCGCGCUCGGCGCCGCUGGCCUGCCAGGCCCCGGUGGUGCGCUCAAGGGGCUGGGCGCCGCGCACCCCGACCUCCGCGCGGGCGGCGGCGGCGGCGGCAGCAGCGGCAGCGGCAGCGCAGGCAAAGCCAAGAAGUCGGUGGACAAGAACAGCAACGAGUACCGGGUACGGCGCGAGCGCAACAACAUCGCGGUGCGCAAGAGCCGGGACAAGGCCAAGCAGCGCAACGUGGAGACGCAGCAGAAGGUGCUGGAGCUGACCAGUGACAAUGACCGCCUGCGUAAGCGGGUGGAACAACUGAGCCGCGAACUGGACACGCUGCGGGGCAUCUUCCGCCAGCUGCCUGAGAGCUCCCUGGUCAAGGCCAUGGGCAACUGCGCGUGAGGCGCGCCGCGCGGGACCGCCCUGGACUGGCCCCUGGCUGGGACCCCGGGAGUGGUUUCGGGUCUCAGGGUCUCCGGAUCUCCAGACUGCCCGAGCCGUGCAAGCCAGGACUAGGAGAUUCCGGUGCCACCUGAAAGCCUGGCCUGCUGCGCGUGCCCCCUUCCUUCCUCUGCGCCGGACACGGUGCGUCUAAGAUGAGGGGUCAGGCCGUGGUUUCUCCUUGCGAAAGAGGAGACGCGCCGUGGGGCUGAGCCGGCAGCCUGGCAACUCUAGUAUUAAGGAAUAACCUUGUGCCUUGGAAACGAAAACUCACUGCUCCCAUUCCUACCGAGUAGGGGGAGAAAAUAUGUGCCUUGUCAUUUGAUUUGGAGGGUUCCUGCCUCUUCCCCGAGGCUGCAACAGGCCGGCCUCAGGAGGACGGCUCAGGGAGCAGAGAUCCCAGCAAGCCAGCCCUCGCCUCCUCAGCGCCUGUCCUUGGAGGGGAGGAAACACAGGGCUCUGAACCUAAGCUUGUUCCCCUAGUUUUACAUGAAGGUGGAGGGUCCCUAGUUCCCUGUCUCUAACCUCCCAGCCUGCAACAACAGGCUGGACUUCCCGGGGCAGAACUCACUGAGAUGGGGGGCACCAGGUGACCAGUGGGAGCGCCCCACCCCCAGUCAGACCAAAAAGCUGGGUCGCUGCUUAGCUAUAAGGACGUAUGUUCAUGGGAGUUGAGGCCUCGUGGAAGAGGGAGCCUAGAGAUGGGGCUGGGGGCUGGGGGGAGGUACACUGGGACCAGCAGCCUCGUCUGUACUGUAUGUCCCCAGCAUUGCUGUACAAAUAUGAAGCACCAUCGGCCCAUCCCGGAGGGACCAAAGUUAUGAGAAGCUUGUCAAAUAUUUUGCUUUAUCAGCCGAUAUCAACACUUGUAUCUGGCCUCUCUCUCGGUGUCCCAGCGGUGCCUUGUGCAAUGUGAGUGUGCACGUCUAUGCUAAACUACCAUUUUAUUUGGUUUUUGUUUUGUUUUGGUUUUGCUCAGAUACUUGCCAAAAUGAGACUCUCCGUCAGCAGCUGCAGGGAGGGUCUGCAGCUCUCUUUCCUCUUGGUUUGGGGAUUGCUUUUGCUCCCCGGGGAACCAAAGAGGUGAGGUGGGCUUCCCUUUCCUCUCAGCCUUCCCUGGGGGUGGCUGUGGGCCUCCGGCCGGGGCUGCCCACAGGCUGGUUCCCCAGAGGCCCUGGCUCCUGGUCUGGAAGGGAGGCGGCCCAGCCUCCGGCCAGCACGCACAGACCGCUGGGCCUGGGAGCAGGGAAGGGCGGCUUGGUUCUCUUCCUUGGGGAGAACGUAGAGUUUCAUGCUAGAUGUUUUAUGUAUUAUAUCUAUAACAUAAACAUAUCAAAGUAAA